UAAGGCUUCACUGUGUUUUUGAUAUAUAUCUGAAUAUAUGAUUGUAUGAGGCAAAAUGUCCACUCAGUCAGCGCGGAGCAUUCGCCUCACACACAGCUCUCCGCAACAAGCCUUUCGAUUACUGGAAUUGACGCCUGAGAUUCUGGAAUUAAUAUCUUCUCCAAAUGCGCCGACUUUAUACCUCAAAUCCCCCGGCACCGACGACCCCUCCAUAACAACGACAGGCCCAGAGAACAAUGCAUACGUAAAUCUAUGCACGCCAACAAAAACAUUUCGAAUUCGUCAAGUCCAGUCCUCAAACUCGGUACAUGUGAUCAAACCGAGCGAUGGUCAGAAUGAAGUGAUUCCUUUACUCAAGAGACAUGGUGAUACCAACAAAGCAAUGAAUACACCAGAGACAGUAACAGCAAUAGCGAAAUGUGGCUCGACGUUGGAAUUGCAUGGAUUAGCUGAUGAUGAGAGUUUUGCUUCGGCGAAGAAUAUGCUUGCGCGGAUGUUGACGGUUUGGGGUGGAGAGACGAGUUUUAAUAAUGAUGACGAGGGAGACGUGGAUAUGGAUGACAGCGAACUGAGCACGAAGAGAAUGAUGACGGUUAAGAAAUCCGUUAUCGAUGAUCUUCCCUUUGCAGAUACGCAAUGCCGAAAGGCAUGGAUUGAGAUAUGUGCAUUCGUGCCUGACAAUUACAACGGAGAAGAUAGACCCGUUUUCCGGCCAUCUGCAACGGUCAGAUUAGAUAUAUGGAAGAGGAUAUUGGAAGGUUGCAUAUUGCAAAACAUCGAUAUGGAGAAACAGUUCCUUGUGCACGAUGUAUGGAAAGCUAUUUUGAGAGAUGUUGACGAUGAGAGUGAGGAAAGGAUUCCGCGGUCGUUGUUUGAUGCUAUUGUUAGAAGGCUUGCGGAGCAGAGUGGCGAUUUGGGGGAUGAGAAUGAUUCUAGAUUGAAGUGGUCAAACAUAGACAAGGAAGUUUGUAUCAAAUGGAUAGGCGAAACCUAUCUCGAAGCGACUGCACCAACUGAAAAACGUGCCAUAGGUCGAUCAGAGUUUCUAAACGCCUGGAAGGAUUUGUUACCGGAGACAUGGCGGGAUGAGACAUUGUUAAGCAAUCUACCGGAGGCUUCAUACAAGCAUCCAGACCCAGUAUCAAUACAUUUUGUGGCAGAGCCAGAGAGAGAAAAUGUCAAAAAGGAAGGCCAGGAUUCUGCAGGCAGCGGCGCCAAAGCAAAGAAUUCAAGGAAUUGGCAUGAACGAUUCAAAAGUCAGAGAAAGUGAUCUUUUCACCGCCCAAAUGCAUAAUGAUAUGUUGUUGCAACACAAUUUUCAAAGUCAUAAAGACCAACACGUUUAUAAUAAAUCAACACCAGCUAUACUUCUCAUUCCACACCCACUCCACCUCAUCUCCAAGUCCCUGACUAGCACCAUUCCAUUUCAAACUGCUGAUACUGCUGUCCUCACGAUGCACCACCUGGACAUUCUGAUCCAUCAACUUGGCCGCUUUCUCUACCAAAGGGGAUGGAUUCCAGAAAUCGACGCUUUUCAUCUUGAGCUUAUACGCCGCAUAUUGCGCUUGACGGAGGACAGCUGCAAUCGCUUCGAUUGUAGCCAGUUCCUCAGCUGGCGUCGAUGGCUCGUCAUAUAUCAAUCGCAAGAUGUAUAGAGUGUGACUAGUGGGGGAGUCGCCUACACUUCGAACCCACGAGCAGUAUAUGUGGUGAUGGUCAACACCAGCGCCUCGCACGGGUGGAUCCGCUUUCUCAAAGACGCCGACAUCUUCAUAAAACGCUUCACGCGCCCAGUGCCACACCAUAUGAUCAUAAUCCGGCGCAAUGGAUAUUUUGGCGCUGCUGGGAGACUUCUCAGAGACAACCUUGAGAAAGUUUCUAUUCUUCUUCUCGUUUAUUUCGCUGCACAUGGACUCACGAACAUCUUCGGCAGCCAACAUCUUUGCCUUGGGCAACUUUGCCGUUUCAAGAGACGUCUGAAACUGGCUGUCUGACAGCGGUGGCAGGGAGAUGUGAGAGGAUGGGAACGGCUUCCACCCAUACUUGGAAUAAUAAUUCUUGCCAAUGUCGGAGAAGAGCACAGAGAAUAUUCCUUGCUUCCGCGGCUGAUUUUCUGAUUGCCAAGUAUCCAGCUUCUUGGCCAAUUCUUCCAUCAUGCGUCCAGCAUACCCACGACCUCGAAACUCCGAGCGUGCAAACACACUUCCGACUCCAUGGCAUAUGAUAUCUUCUACUUUCCCUUUAUAUGCAAGAUACGCGGGCUUACGGUAUGUCUCGCAGGAACUCAGGAUCAAUCGCGAGUUUGGUUCCUGCCUGCGAUCCACGAGUAUCCAGCACGUGAGUGAUCCGUCCUUGGUGAGGUUUUGCUUCGAGAGUCGAGUCUCACGCUCAAUGUACUGGUCUAGCGUUAUUUGUCCCUUCCAGGCUUUGCUGUUUAGUCGUAGAGUCUCUAGAUGUUCCUCUGGGGUAGCUGGUACGAGCUCGAGGUAGGGCGAGUCUGCUUGGGGGAGGUCCUCGUUUUUGGGUGGAGCGACGGAGCCCAUGGUGGAGGUGUCAAUGCGUAGUAUAGAUAUAGCAAGAAUACUGACUCUUGUUCUGAGGAAUACAGUUUCUCAAUCAAUAAUAGCCGACAAACAAGUAGCGAACAAGUCGAAUUGAAUCGUUGAAGCAAGCGC